AUGGAAAACUUCAAAGUGUUAGUUUAUUGUUUUCUUCUCUUCCACUUCAUACCAACCUUCAAUACCUUGGAAACCAUUCUUCCAGGACAUUCAAUCAAAGGUAAUGAGACUCUAAUCUCAACAAAUGGAACCUUUGAAGCAGGUUUCUUCAAUUUUGAUAAUUCAAAUAACCAAUAUUUUGGUAUAUGGUACAAGGAGAUUUCACCAAGAACUGUUGUGUGGAUAGCAAAUAGAGAUUCUGCAGUAGAAAACUCAUCAGGAGUUUUGAAUCUUACUGAUAAAGGAACUCUUGUUAUCGUUGAUUCCCAAGGUGUUAUGAAAUGGUCCUCUAAUACAUCAACAACAGCUGCAAAACCAAUUCUGCAACUCUUGGAAAAUGGAAACCUUGUUGUGAAAAAUGAAACCAACCCAGAUAGUAUUUUGUGGCAAAGUUUUGAUUUUCCUGGUGACACUUUACUCCCUGGUAUGAGAAUUCGAAGCAGUUUGGUAAAUGGCGAUUAUAAAGGUUUGGUUUCAUGGAGAGACUCGCAAGAUCCUUCAACUGGUUUGUAUUCAUAUCAUAUAGAUACUAAUGGUUUUCCUCAAGUAGUGACUACUAAAGGUAACACAUUAUUUGUUCGAGUUGGUUCAUGGAACGGAAAUAGUUUAUCAGGAGCUACUUCGGUGGAUCUUUACAAAUCCUUUAAUAUCACUUUUGUUAUUACUGAGAAGGAAGUUUCUUAUGGAUAUGAACUUCUGGACAACUCAACUGUUUCAUGGUACAAGAUCAAUUCUUUGGGGCAAAUAACACGUUUUUCACUGUCUGAUGAUAGAAAAACUUGGCAAAUUUUCUUCGUUGGCCCAGCGGAUCGGUGUGACAAUUAUGGUUUCUGUGGUGCGAAUUCUAAGUGCGAUCCUGAUAAAUCACCUGUGUGUGAAUGUCUUGAUGGUUUCAUUCCGAAAUCUAAAGAAAAAUGGAGUUCACAAAAUUGGACCGAUGGUUGUGUUAGGAGAGUGAAGUUAGAUUGUGAUGAUAAUAAUAGUGAUGGCUUUUUGAAUCAAGUCGGGAUGAAGCUGCCAGAUACAUCAAAAUCUUGGUUUAACAAGAGCAUAAACCUUGAAGAAUGUGAGAGAUUCUGUUUAAGAAACUGUUCUUGCACAGGAUAUGCAAAUUUAGAUAUCAGAGAUGGUGGAAGUGGUUGCUUGAUUUGGUUUAAUGACAUUUUGGAUGUCAAAAAACUAAGCAAUGGAGGACAAGAUUUUUACAUGAGAGUUGCAGCUUCAGAACUAGACCAUAACACAGGCUUGAACAAGAAAAAGCUUGCAGGAAUUUUAGUAGGCUGUAUAAUGUUUAUUGUAAUCAUGAUAAUACUUGGAAUCGUCAUACAUCGAGUUCGGAGGAAGAAACUAGAGAAGUCAGGGAUGAAUCAAGUAGUUAGCUUGAAGAAUCAAAUUGACAAAAAAGAGAAUGAAGACAUUGACAUACCAAUAUAUGAUUUAUCAACAAUAGUUAAUGCAACCAAUAACUUCUCCAUUGAUAACAAAUUGGGGCAGGGAGGUUUUGGACCAGUUUACAAGGGUAAAUUGGAAAAUGGACAAGAUAUAGCUGUGAAGAGACUUAGCAAUACUUCAGAACAAGGACCAAAGGAGUUCAUAAAUGAAGUUAAGCUAAUUGCCAAUCUUCAGCAUAGAAAUCUUGUGAAGCUGCUUGGCUGUUGCAUUCAAAAUCAUGAGAAACUCUUGAUCUAUGAAUUCAUGAUCAACAGAAGCUUGGACUACUUCAUUUUCGACCAAACUAGAAAAAGUUUACUGCAUUGGACUCGACGUUUUCAAAUUAUCCGUGGGAUUGCUCGAGGACUCGUUUAUCUUCAUGAAGAUUCUAGGCUAAGGAUUAUCCACCGAGAUCUCAAGACAAGCAAUAUUCUUCUUGACGAAAAUAUGAAUCCUAAAAUAUCAGAUUUUGGUCUUGCUAGAACAUUAUGGGGAGACGAAGCGAAAGGCGAAACAAGAAGAGUAGUAGGAACUCAUGGUUACAUAUCUCCAGAGUAUGCAACACGCGGAUUUUUUUCAGUGAAGUCUGAUGUCUUCAGUUUUGGUGUUAUCAUACUAGAGACAAUCAGUGGAAAAAAGAAUAGAGAAUAUAGUGGCUAUCAUGAUCUCGAUCUUCUUGGACAUGCAUGGAGAAUGUGGUGUGAAAAAACGCCGUUGGAACUGAUAGAUAAACCUCUAACCGAUUCGAUUGUUGUAGCAGAACCAGAAAUAUUGAGAUGUGUUCAGAUAGGGCUAUUAUGUGUUCAAGAGAGAGCUGAUGAUAGGCCAACAAUGUCAGCUGCAAUUCUAAUGCUGAAUGGUGAGAAAACAUUGCCUGAGCCAAAGGAACCGGCCUUUUAUCCACACCAAUCUGGUUCUUCAUCAGGAACUGCUGUGCUGCAUUCAAAAAAUGAAGUUUCCAUAACAUUGUUACAAGCAAGAUAG